AUGGCGCUCAACAACUUCCUCUUCGCGCAGUGCGUCUGCUACUCGCUGGCCUUUCUGUUCAGCUUCGUGGUGGUGGUGCCGCUGUCCGAGAACGGCCACGACUUCCGCGGCCGCUGCCUGCUCUUCACCGAGGGCAUGUGGCUGAGCGCCAACCUGACGGUGCAGGCGCGCGAGCGCUUCACGGUGCAGGAGUGGGGCCCGCCGGCCGCCUGCCGCUUCAGCCUGCUGGCCGGCCUCCUCUCGCUGUUGCUCGCCGCGGCGCACGCCUGGCGCACGCUCUUCUUCCUCUGCAAGGGACACGAGGGCUCCUUCCUCUACGCCUUCCUGAACCUGCUGGUCAGCGCCUUCGUCGUCUUCCUGGUCUUCAUUGCCAGCACCCUCGUGAGCGUGGGCUUCACCAUGUGGUGUGACGCUGUCACUGAGAAGGGCGCCGUGCCCCACAGCUGCGAAGAGCUCCAGGACAUCGACUUGGAACUGAACGUGGACAACUCUGCCUUCUACGAUCAGUUCGCCAUCGCCCAGUUCGGCCUCUGGGCCUCGUGGCUGGCCUGGCUGGCCAUCACCGUCCUGGCCUUCCUGAAAGUCUACCGCAACGCCCGCCAGGAGGACCUGCUGGACAAGCUGGUCCACGAGAAGGAGCUGCUGCUGGCCAGGCCGGCGCCGCACGCCGCCUUCCAGGGCGAGAAGAGCGCCGUGAUCUAG